AUGGGAAAGCAUACAACAUUCGACGACAGUGAUAGUGGCAGUGAGGAAGUUGAUCGAAAGAGCCGCAAGAAAGAGAAAAAGGCUGCGAAAAAGGAGAAGGCAGACAGAAGUCGUUCGCCACAUGAGAAAAGAGACAAGUCUCCGAAAAAAGAUCGACACGGAGAAAAGAGUGACACGCGCCGUCGGGAGGAUAACGAUCACGGAAGAAGACGUGACUAUGGGAGGGAUGAUCGGAGAGACGAUAGACGCGACGAUAGAAGGGAAGACAGAAGAGAAGACAGGAGAGAUGACAGAAGAGAUGAUCGGAACAACUGGAAGAGAGACAGAAAUGAUCGCAACGACAGGAGAAGUGACUUCCAGAAAAGAGAAGACAAAAAUCGUCUUUCUGCCGAGGAGAUCGCCGCUCAACGUAAAGCACUUUGGGGGAACAAGAAACCUGCUGCUGCACAGUCAUCUUCGGUAAUAUUGGAAAUAAACGUUCACAUUCUCAUCAAAACUUUCCAGACAACAGAAUCCGCGUCGACUUCAUCCGAAUCUGUUCCUGGCGGAAAGAACGAGAAGCUUUGGUCAUCUGCAAUCGCAGCUACUGGUGUAGGGUCGUCGCAGGCCAACAAGUUCAUGAGACUAAUGGGUGUCAAAAAUGCUCCAAAACCUGCGGAAGACGUCUCAAAUCUUUCGGAAGAGAAAAAUCGUCAAAACAAAAUGCUCAAUGAUUUGGAGAAACAGUAUGCCGUUGCCAGAGAAACAACACACAUGGGUCGUGGAACUGGAUUUGGAUUCCACUGA